AUGAGUAGCAAGCUUUGGGAAUUUUUCCUGCGCGAUGACGUCGAGAGCUUCCAGCGGUUCCUGGCGAACGCCAGCUAUACCUCUGGCGGCCAGCGUGCCUCGGGGCCAGGAGCCUCCAGUUUCCGCAUCGGAAGCCCCGGGCCCAUGUUAACACCCUCCUCUGGUGCUGCCUCAAAAAGUAAAAAGCUCAUUGGGACGUCUUCUAGUCCCCAGACCCCAGAUCGGUCCGGUGGAUUUCGUCCUGGGAAGACCUUGUCGCGGGAGGAAUUGAACGCUCGCGACCAGUACGGGAGAACGCUAUUGCACCACGUGGCGUCCUCACCGAAUCCGACAGCCAUCGAUUUUGCUAUCGCGUUGCUGGAGGUGCCCUUUCUCGACAUUUAUGCGCAGGAUUGGGAGAGUGGGUGGACAGCACUCCACCGCGCUUUGUAUGCGGGAAAUGCCGCCAUUGCUCAGGCCUUGCUCACGAGGGACAACCGCGAUGCAACGGACUUCAGCAAGUCUGGGGGCACGGCUCACCCUAGUGGGGGGCUGAUCAAGAUCAAAGACCGCGAAGGUUACAGCCCGUUCGAUGUAUACGGCGCUACGAUCACUUCGCGUGAUAUUAAACGUAUCGCCGCACUGACUACAGAAGAGGUUCCGCUCACGGAAGACUUUGACAAUAUGGAAGCGGUCUCCGUCGCCUCCUCUUCUGUUGACGGUGACAUGGACGAGGACGGUAAUGUCGCCAGAGGUGUCCUCAAACCGAGAACGAAUCUGCUCGCCGAUGAGGUCUUCACUUUCGGUAGCAACAAGAACUUGAAUCUGGGUGUGGGCGACCAGGACGACCGCCAGUACCCGGAACGCAUCUCACUGCAACGGCCGGAGCAUCUCCUGCAGCGAUUCUAUCGUGAAUACCAGGAGCAGCGAGCGAAUGAUACUGAUUCUUUGUCUCAUCAGCGGCCCGAGCACGCAGCUGAUCUACCGGCUAUGAUCAGAAACAAACCCAUCAAGGUACAAGAUAUUGCCAUGUCGAAACUACACACGGCCAUAAUACCGACGGACCCGGAAUCGAACCUCUUUUUGUGCGGGUUCGGUCCUGGCGGGCGUUUGGGCACGGCCGAUGAGUCCGCGAGGUUCAUCUUCGUUUUGCAUAGAAACUGGAGGGCCUUGCGACAAAAAGGUCAUCUCCGUAGCAUUCGCGUCAAGACCAUACCUUGCCUAUCAGGGAAUACGGAAAGAUCUUCAGCUGGGGAAGCAACAAAUUUGGCCAACUCGGAUACAACCAUCCAAGGUCCAACAACCGUGAUGAUGUGCCUAUCCAGACAUCUCCCCGACAAAUUUUCAACCCAUUUAAGAAGGAAGUCAUUCUGGGUGCUGCGGCUUCGGCAAUCCAUUCUGUUGUCUUCAGUAACUCUGGCCUGUACACGUUCGGCAAAAAUGAAGGCCAGCUGGGCCUUGUGGAUUCGGAUGCUCGGUCUCUUGAAGUUCAAACCACCCCGCGUCGAGUUGGAGCUUCUCUUUUCAGUGCACCCAUCCAAAGUGUCACAGCCAUUGAUCAGGCCACUGCGAUUCUUCUUCAGAACCAUGAGGUCUGGGUGUUCUCUCAAUAUGGAUACUCCAAGCUUUCUUUCCCCUUGGAGCUUCAUGACGACACGGUACGACACUUCAUCGAACUGUAUUGUCAAAGUCAGAUCUGGAGGGAAUACUAUAUGCGCUCUCUCUAGUUUCGGCGAGGUAUUCACUGUUGCGGUCAAUAAGAUGGAAAAUCCACCGGUUCAGACCUCAACGACAAACCCAACCAAAAUCCGCAACUCAUUAUCCCAGCCUGUGCGAGUAUGGUCUCUGAAAAAAUCCCAUAUGGCUGUGAAGGACGUCGAUAUGGGACAAGAUGGCUCAAUCAUAAUCUGCACAGCGUCUGGCUCCGCAUGGCGGAAGGAGAAGCGCCAUAAAUCGAAGAGUGGACCUAGCAGAGACUACAAGUUCACCCGCAUCCCUGGACUCUCCCGGGUUAUCGGGGUCUGCAGUAACGCAUUCGGCGCCUUCGCCGUGGCGCAGCGCGAUUGCAAUGUGACAAGGGAGCAGAUCAAUGUAUCACAGAGCACACUGUGGAAAGACAUAUUGCCUCUAUCGCCGUUCGACUCUCUUGCAUCAAUAGCGGAUACGUCCGCUACAGCAGUGUGCGAUGUGGUACCGGACCCAGAGCCAGUUAUGGCUAUCAAAAGGGCUCUUAUGUCUGCAUCCGACGUGGAGUCAUUGUUACAACAACUGCAUUUCCAAGCCGACACAGGGGCAGUAUGGUUAAUGACCAGUCUAUCGGAUAUCAAAGUCCCUGUGCACGAAUUUAUCUUGGCUGGACGGAGCUCAGUUCUGAGGAGAGCGUUUCAUGAUCUACGACUUGCUCACUCGUUCUCCAUCCCAGAUGUUUUGCAUAUCCAGUUUGACGAGGGCAAUCAUUCGACGGUAAUUUUGCAGGGUGUUGAUCUUUUGACCGUCUUGAAUAUCGUCCAUUUCGCCUAUACGGAUACAAUCUUUGACGUGUGGCAGCAAGCCAAACAUACUCCUCAAAGUGCAUCCAGAUAUCGUCAAGUCCGUUCAGAGGUGAUGCGAAUGGGCACAUGUCUGGGCCUGCCAACUCUGGAGCGAGCGGCGCGUCUCAUGAUUGAACCUACAAAAGCCCUCAAGGAUGACAUGGCUCGUGCUAUAACUGAUCCAGCUUUCUUCGAUAGCGCUGAUGUGAUUAUUGAUUUGCACGAUGGCCAGAUGAAAGCCCAUAGCCAGGUGAUUUGCCAACGCUGUCCGUUCUUCAACGCUUUAUUUUACGGCCGCUCUGGGGGACAGUGGCUAGCUUCCCGCCGUACAACUUCGCCUGGAGUCAUCCACGUCGACUUGAAGCACAUCGACCGGCGCAUCUUUGGAUUCGUUCUUGAGCACAUAUACGCGGAUACUGAGGAUAAGCUAUUCGAUGAUGUCAGGUCCAAGGAUCUUGAGGAUUUCAUCGACCUGGUGUUGGAUGUUGCUUUUGUCGCGAACGAAUUGAUGAUCGAUCGGUUAGCCCAAAUAUGCCAGAGAGUGCUGGGCAGGUUCGUUAACAUGCGCAAUGUGUGUAAUCUGCUCAACUCGAUCGCACCAUGCUCGGUGAGAGAAUUCAAAGAUGCUGCUUUGGAGUACGUUUGCCUGAACUUGGAGGAUCUCUUAGCAAAUAGGUUCCUGGGCGAUCUUGACGAAGACUUACUGUCCGAACUCGAUCUGGUCUGUCAUGAGAACCAGAUGACAGGAUUCCCUGUAUCGAGAGGACGAAACUCCGAGGAAUACGUUUUCGAGAAGUACCCUGAGCUCAUUUCCCUUAUGGAAAGCGAUAGGCGGCGACGGAUCGAUUCUAUGAGGCUCAAAUCUCGUCUCGACCCAACUGAGGGUCCUGACGGACGACAACGCCCCGUCAACGGUGAUAAGACAACUGUGUCGCCGGCCGUGAAGAAACCAAAAGGAGCUCCUUUCAAGGACAGCCCUGUCCUAAGGCCAAAGAGCUCGGUAGGUGAUCUGAUGUUUCAAAUGGACGACGACAGUCUAUUGUCGCCCAGCGAAACGAAAGGGAAAGCGGCCGUUCGUGGAGUGCGGCCCCCUGAAGGAAGCACCCACAUUGACUCCCCGGCUCUGGGGUCCAGCAUGGUUGAAGGUGAGUCGUUUGGCGGACGAAGCUAUCUUGAGGAACAAAUGUCUUCUCCGCGGAGUACACCUCUCGCAGACUCACCCACCAACAUGCGAGCCUCUGCCAUCCAAAAGAAGACCAGUGACUCGGUUUCCCCGAACCCAGCGCCGACUCCAUGGGGUUCCUCAGCGCUUUCGGGCUCGAAGAAGAAUUUACGGGAUAUUAUGAGCGAGACGUCCGAAAAUCGGGUCUCCAACCUCAGCCUGGGUAUGUCCGCCGCGCGUCGCGAGAACAGCAAUAAUUUCACGGCGAAGAUUUCCCAGAAGGAGCGAAAGAAGCUACAACAGCAGCAAAUGCAAGAAAUGCUAGCCGCACAGCAGAAAGCCAAAGAAGGCCCGCAGAACCCCUGGAAGCUGCCUCUGAAUACUCCCGGCAAGACUCCAACCAAACUAGACGAGUCCACGGCUACGCCAACACACUCGUCCAGCAGCACUCCAGCUCGGAAACCCUCAAUGACUCUCCGACAAACAGUGGCAGGCACGCCGCCGCUACCAGCCCAGCAAAAAACCACUACCACGCCCAUGCCAAAUCCAAGCCGUAGCACUCCUCAAAGCACACCCCGGUCGUCAUCCGUCGCAGGCCCGCCCUGCGCCACAGCGGCACCCUCGACAUCUCCUAACCCGUCCACACAGCGCCCAAUUCAAUCCAUCCGCCACAUCCCCCGCGCGGAGCCCUACCAGACGAGCUUCCAUGCCGACUCAGCCAGCUCCAUGUCCCUCGCGACUAUCCUUAUGCAGCAACAGACGGAAAAGGACGAGCUGCGCGAAGCCGCCACCGCAAAGCACAACCUCGAAGACAUUCAGCUCGAGCAAGAGUUCCAAGAAUGGUGGGAUAAGGAAAGCCGCCGGAUUCAGGGGCUUCCGGAUCCUGAGGACGAGUCCGCACCUGCCACGUCGACGCGACAGAGCCACCGCGGCGGAGGUCGGGGAGGCGGUGGACGACGUGGUAAAGGUGCGGGAGGUGGCCAGCAACAGCAACGGCAACAGCAAUCGCAGCCCCAACAAUCGCAACAACGCAAACGCCGCGGAAAGGGACCCGCGAACGCCGCUGGUGUUUCUGUGUUGUCGCAGCAGCUCCCGCGGAACGGUUCCGAAAUGCCGUCCGCGCAGCAGCCGGCGCACUCGACACCGCGACGAGAUCGGCUGUCAACGGGACCUCACGAAGGGGGUGCGCGCUGGGGCGGAGGUGGCCGUGGUCGUGGAAGAGGGUGA